AUGGAGUCCACCUUGGGUAGGGAGCUGGUGACAGUAGCUUCGCUAGAUUGUGGGGUCAGUCACAGCGGGGAUUCUGAGGUUGAUAGAUAUGCCAUGACCGAGGACCCAGUAGAUUAUACCGAAGAGUGGGAGGCGUCUAGGGUGCCUUCAAGUAUGACGUGGAAGAGGUUGGGGGAGAUCAGGGAGAGAUACAGUGUCCCCCACAUCAUAGAAAUGUUAGUUCCCGAGCCAAACGAGCGAGCUUGCUAUCCGAGGCCCGGUUGUGUGGUAGUCAGUGAAUACCUGUUUAAGGCAGAUUAUAGUACGAGGAGGGAGUACCCAGCUCCGGACAUGGCUACAAUUCUGAAGGCCAACACGACUGUGAAGGCGAGGCCCCUGAAGCUGGGGUUCAGUGGGGCCAAGGAGAUCCGAGGCAGGGUGGAACACCUUUCCAAGGAUAGCACACCAAAGGCUUCCGAAGAGGGGGCUCCCCAGAGGCAGGAGAAGCCAAAACAGCCUCGGGGGAAAGAGAAAGUCCCUGAGGAGGCGAAGAGGAGGAAGCUGGUGCACGUCACCAGCUCGUCAGGGAAAUUUGGGACAUCAGUGUCCCACGAGGCUAAAUCAACAGGCGAGCCGAAGCUGCUCGCAUCCACCUCCAAAGCCAUCAAAAUAGAGAUGGUAAGAGAGGUCGAGGCUGAGGAGGCCAGAGAGGAGGCUGCGAGGAGAGCUGCUGAGGAGGAGGCAGCAAAACAAAAGCUUGUUCGGGAAAAGGGGAAGUCUCCAAGCUUCCUAGCUGGAAGGGAGGAGACCUUGGCCCUAGCCUUGGUGGAGGCUCUUCCCCAGGAGGUCCGGAGCGCCGCAGAGAACUUUUACCAGUUUUGGACGGACAGGUGGCAGCUGCAUGCCUCCUCCUGCGAUGGUACCGACCUGACGAGGGCUUUGGUGAGCCAAAGCGUCAGAACCUUUGGCCUCGCUCUUGAAUGCAGAGAGGCCCCGAGUGAUUUUCAGACAAGGAUCCAGUCUUUGAAGGAAAAGAGAGCCUCCCUUGCAGAGGAGUUGAAGGCAGCUAGGGCUGAGGCGGAAGAAGCUAGGGCCCAAAAACUUGAAGAAUUGGCCAAGCUAGAGUCUGCCUUGGCCCAGAUCGAGGCCUUGAAGAAGGAAGUCCAUGAGUUACAGUGCGAGGUGGCAUCCCUGACAAAGAAGGUGGAGGCAAAUCUUUCCUUGGCGAGUGCCCAAGAGGCUUACCAGUUCUUGGAAACCCAAAUCAAGUGGUAUGUGGAUGAUGCCUCCCACGCAAGAGAGGAAGCUCAACAGGUGAGGGAGGAAGUGGUGCGGGAGUACGUUGCCAACUUCCAUAAUACGGAGGAGUACAAGAGCUUCAGUGCUUACUGGAGAAACUUUGCCUACGCUGAGAUGAUGGAGCGGGCAGGGGAACUGUAUCCCAAUUUGGAUCUAACUCAACUCAGGUCUGAAUUCGUGGACGAGGUACCUCAGACCCCUACUGAGGAGGUGCAGGGUGAUGAAGCAGCUGAGGUAGAGGAGAUAAAUGCGGAUGCUCAAGCUGCCAAAGCCCCAAGUACUGAGGCACCUCCCCCAUCUACCCAAGCUUAG